AACUGUUGAGCCACUGUGCUGUAUACUUGAAACUAAUAAAAUUUUGUGUAUCAACUAUACUUAAAUUCAAAAAAUACACUUAAAAAAAAGUCAAGACACAAAUUCCCAUCUCCUGCGUUUUCAGUUAGGUGACCUUAGGCUGGUUACUUCAUUUUUCUGAGCUUCAGCUUCCUUACCUGUAAGUGACAACACCUACUCCAGGGAGCGGGAAGAAGGCUUACAGGUGGCGCCAACACAGCUCCAGCUUCUUACCUGUGCCACCUUAGGCAAGUUAUUUCACCUUUCUGAUCUGUUUCUCUACUGGUAAAACGCGCCAGUAGCCACCAGUAGCAGCAAAGGACGAAGAGACACCAGCAAAGUUCCUGGAGCAGUGCACGCAAACCUGGCCGCCGGAGAGUACCUGGUAUUAAUAAUGCUGGUGAACAUCCCGCAGCUUGAUGCGGUAGAGUUACACGAAACGGGGAGGACAGACUAUGAAACGGGGACCAGGAGGGAGGCCCAGCGAGCGCAGCCUCCCGCCCGCCGGGCGGCCAGCCUCCGCCACCGCGCGCUGGGUCGGCCGGCCCCGCCGCGCCUCGCCUCGCCUCGCCCCACCCCUGCCAGGCCGGGGCGAAUCCCGGCGGCGAGUUCCGGCUGCGGCGCAGCGCGUUCCCACUCGGGCGCUCCCCGCUUCCCUGCUCCGGCACCGUCAGCUGCGCCCGCCGCCCCCCGAGGAUUCGCCGCCGUCGCGCCGGAGCCGGCAGCCGCCGUCGCCCCGCAGUCCCUUUGUUUUUACCCUGACUGAAGCCAAGAUGUCACUGAAAAAUGAGCCAAGAGUAAAUACUUCAGCGCUGCAGAAAAUUGCUGCUGACAUGAGUAAUUUGAUAGAAAAUCUGGACACGAGGGAGCUCCACUUCGAGGGAGAGGAGGUGGAAUAUGACACGUUUCCUAGCGAUCCCAAGAUCCAGGAAGUGUAUAUCCCUUUCUCUGCUAUUUAUAAGACUCAAGGAUUUAAGGAGCCUAAUAUACAGACGUAUCUCUCCGGCUGUCCAAUAAAAGCCCAAGUUCUGGAAGUGGAGCGCUUUACAUCUACAACAAGGGUACCAAGUGUCAAUCUUUACACUAUUGAAUUAACACAUGGGGAAUUUAAAUGGCAAGUGAAGAGGAAGUUCAAGCACUUUCAAGAGUUUCACAGAGAGCUGCUAAAGUACAAAGCCUUUAUACGAAUCCCCAUUCCCACCAAGAGGCACACCUUUAGAAGACAGAAUGUCAAGGAAGAGCCGCGAGAGAUGCCAGCUUUGCCCCGUUCAUCUGAAAACAUGAUCAGGGAAGAACAGUUCUUUGGUCGAAGGAAACAACUGGAAGAUUACUUGACAAAGUUAUUAAAAAUGCCCAUGUAUAAAAACUAUCAUGCAACAACAGAAUUCCUUGAUAUAAGCCAGCUGUCUUUCAUCCAUGAUUUGGGACCAAAGGGCAUAGAAGGUAUGAUAAUGAAAAGAUCCGGGGGACACAGAAUUCCAGGCUUGAAUUGCUGUGGCCAGGGAAGAGCCUGCUACCGCUGGUCAAAAAGGUGGUUGAUAGUGAAAGAUUCCUUUUUACUGUAUAUGAAACCAGACAGUGGUGCCAUUGCCUUCGUCCUGCUGGUGGAUAAAGAAUUCAGAAUUAAGGUGGGGAAGAAGGACACAGAGACAAAAUAUGGGCUCCGAAUUGAUAAUCUUUCAAGGACACUUAUUUUAAAAUGCAACAGCUAUAGACAUGCUCGGUGGUGGGGAGGGGCUAUAGAAGAAUUCAUCCAGAAACACGGCCCCAACUUUCUCAAAGAUCAUCGAUUUGGGUCUUAUGCUGCUAUCCAAGAGAACAUUUUAGCUAAAUGGUAUGUUAAUGCCAAAGGAUAUUUUGAGGAUGUGGCAGAUGCAAUGGAAGAGGCAAAAGAAGAGAUUUUUAUCACAGAUUGGUGGUUGAGUCCAGAAAUCUUCCUGAAACGCCCGGUGGUUGAAGGAAAUCGCUGGAGGUUGGACUGCAUUCUUAAACGAAAAGCACUACAGGGGGUGAAGAUCUUCAUAAUGCUCUACAAAGAGGUGGAGCUUGCUCUUGGAAUCAACAGUGAGUACAGCAAGAGGACUUUAAUGCGUCUACACCCCAACGUAAAGGUGAUGAGGCACCCAGAUCAUGUGUCAUCCAGUGUGUACCUGUGGGCUCAUCACGAGAAGCUCGUCAUCAUUGACCAGUCAGUGGCCUUUGUGGGUGGGAUCGACCUGGCCUAUGGAAGGUGGGAUGAUGAUGAGCACAGACUGACGGACGUGGGCAGUGUGAAACGUGUCACCACAGGACUGUCUCUGAGUUCUUUCACAGCCGAAACACCAGAGUGUAUGGAAUCCUUAAGCCUCAGAGACAAAAAUGAAUCCAGUAAAAAUCUGCCCAUCCUGAAGAGUGUUGAUGAUACGGAUUCAAAACUGAAAGGAAUAGGAAAGCCCAGAAAGUUCUCCAAAUUCAGCCUUUACAGGCAGCUGCACCGGCACCAGGUGCAUAGCUCAGACAGCAUCAGCAGCCUUGACAGCGCCUCCCGUUAUUGUAAUCACUGUAGAAGUCGUCAGAGUUUAAUCCAUGGUUUAAAACCUCACUUGAAAUUCUUUCACUCUUCCAGUGAGUCAGAGCAAGGGCUCACUAGACCUAACGAGGACAUUGGCUCCAUCCGCAGUUUACAGACAGGCAUGGGGGAGCUCCACGGGGAAACCAGAUUCUGGCACGGAAAGGACUACUGCAAUUUUGUCUUCAAAGACUGGGUUCAGCUUGAUAAGCCUUUUGCUGACUUCAUUGAUAGAUACUCUACGCCUCGGAUGCCCUGGCAUGACAUUGCCUCCGCGGUCCAUGGGAAGGCAGCUCGUGACGUGGCACGUCACUUCAUCCAGCGCUGGAACUUCACAAAGAUUAUGAAACCAAAAUAUCGGUCUCUUUCUUAUCCUUUCCUGCUCCCAAAGUCUCAAACUACAGCCCAUGAGUUGAAAUAUCAAGUGCCUGGGUCUGUCCAUGCUAACGUGCAGCUGCUCCGCUCUGCUGCUGAUUGGUCUGCUGGUAUAAAGUACCAUGAAGAGUCCAUCCAUGCUGCUUACGUCAAUGUGAUAAAGAACAGCAAGCACUAUAUUUAUAUAGAAAACCAGUUUUUCAUAAGCUGUGCAGAUGACAAAGUUGUGUUCAACAAGAUAGGGGAUGCCAUUGCACAGAGGAUACUGAAAGCUCACAGGGAAAGCCAGAGAUACCGGGUGUAUGUUGUGAUCCCACUUCUGCCAGGAUUUGAAGGAGACAUUUCCACCGGAGGAGGAAAUGCUCUACAGGCAAUAAUGCACUUCAAUUACAGAACCAUGUGCAGAGGAGAAAAUUCCAUCCUUGGACAGUUAAAAGCAGAGAUUGGAAAUCAGUGGAUAAAUUACAUAUCAUUCUGUGGUCUUAGAACACAUGCAGAGCUUGAAGGAAACCUAGUCACUGAACUUAUCUAUGUGCACAGCAAGCUGCUAAUUGCUGAUGACAACACUGUUAUUAUUGGCUCUGCCAACAUAAAUGACCGAAGCAUGCUGGGAAAGCGUGACAGUGAGAUGGCUGUCAUCGUGCAGGACACAGAGAUGGUCCCUUCAGUAAUGGACGGGAAAGAGUACCAGGCUGGCCGGUUCUCCCAAGGACUUCGGCUGCAGUGCUUUAGGGUUGUCCUUGGCUAUCUUUCUGACCCAAGUGAAAACAUUCAGGAUCCAGUGAGUGACAAAUUCUUCAAGAAGGUGUGGGUUGCAACUGCAGCUCGAAAUGCUACAAUUUAUGAUAAGGUGUUCCGGUGCCUUCCCAGUGAUGAAGUACACAAUUUAAUUCAACUGAGAGACUUCAUAAGCAAGCCCAUAUUAGCAAAGGAAGAUCCCAUUAGAGCUGAGGAAGAACUGAAAAAGAUUCGUGGGUUCUUGGUACAAUUCCCCUUUUACUUCUUGUCUGAACAAAACCUGCUGCCUUCUGUUGGAACAAAAGAAGCCAUCGUGCCCACAGAGGUUUGGACUUAAGAGUUAUAUUUAUUUGCAGCUCAAGGACUUCCACCCUGGGAAGUGCACACAGGGACUUCCUCGAGACCCUAACAGCCAAGACCACUCUUUAAUCCAACCCAUGAGCCUUUUUGUGUUGGCUGGGAAGAGCUGUAGCCGUACUGAUAGGACACUAAAUUCAGCAGGGCCUUAUAAUCCCUCGCAGCCAUCUUUGUGGAAAAGGGACUGCAUUCUUACAGGCAUGACAUACUCAGAGACUUAAACACACAAAGUAUGAUGUACACCAAAGUGCAUGUCCUUUGCUAACAAGAAUUUACCUGUACCUGCGAUCUAGGUUGCCAAAAAGUGUCUGAACUUCCUUAUUCUCCUCUGACCUUCAUUUAUGCAGCUGAUGUUUUGCUGGACCUGUCCUCAUCUCAAAGUCCUUACAGAUACAUCUGAGGUACUGUUUAUUACUAGAAGAAGUGGAGAUGAUGCUUCAGGUUUCUUCAGGGCCACAUCAGAUGCCCCUGCCUGUCUGGUCCUGAAGUAGGAGUAUUCACCCAACCAAAGACAUGGUCAUUAUUCCUGGCCAGCGACUGAAAGGACAGGGCAGACUUUAUCUACAGAGCAGCCCAUGUUAGGCACUUCUGAUAACAUUGGCACUGUGUAUCUUGAUAGCACAGAGCAAGAGGAAGGAAUGAAAUUCAGAUAUUGAAGCAGAGAUUUCACUUUGCCUUCAAAGCCACUGACAAGAUGUAUCCUUUUGAUAGGACCUAGCUGAUAAAUUUGAAAACAUACAUAGGGUAUUUGAUUUCACAACAAACCAUAAAACUCAAAGACAGAGCAUGCAGGCUUCAGAAACCUCUCAUGUGUCCACAGGGAUCUGAUCCAGAUAAGAAAAAGAUGAUUUCCUGUAGUCCUGUAAAAUGUCCUAUCAUCCUUGGUUGCUGGAUUGAUUGAAAUUUGAAUUUCUGUAUUUCAAAAUCAAACAGUGAAUGCAAUUUGUCUUUUGAGAGCAUCAGAGGCUUCAGAACUCCUACCAAGUUAAUAAGUAGGAGCCUAACCUUAUUUGACAUUCAGCUCUCCAGCUAUGUUAUCUUCCUUAUGAAAAAUUAGUCGUUUGCAAAAUAUAUGCUACUACUUAGCUAACAUUAUUAAAUAUACAUUAACAUUCCACCAGGGCUUCCAAAGAGGUUAAAAUAGUUAUUAAUUCACAUUGUCCUAAUCUGUGAAUUGUUCUGGAAACCCAAUUUUCUUUUUUGGAUGUUAUCAUACCCGUUGGUACACCAUAGCUCUAAUUUUACUAAGCAAAACUGUUUUUAUAGCCUGAAGAGCUGUGGAUUCCCAAAAGUCCUGUACCCCUAAAACAUGGUGUAGAUGCAUUGAUCACAUGUCUAUGGAUUACGUGGAAAGAAUCUUGUUAGAGUUGUUCUUCAAAGAAGCAGGGACCCAAUCUCUGUUUUCAUGGAGCUAAUAAUCUGGUGAAAAAUGUUAAAUAGGACACAAAGUCAGUGAUCAGGGUUUGUGGAAGGGAGACAUACCCAGCAGAGGAUUUACAGCUAGAAAACAUUGCACAAGUGAGGUGGACUAUGUAACCAACAGUGAAAUGAAUAUGCUUUAUUAAUGAGUUACUUCUCAGAUGGCUGAAGAUGGUAAAAUGACUUCAUUCUAUUGCAGUUGUAAAUAAGACAUUUGCUGUUUAUCAAGUUUGAUUGGCACUUAGAGGGCUCAGAAUAUUGAAAUACCAAAGGAUUUCAUAUCUUUUAUUUUUAAAUAUUUUUAAAAUCAUGGAACAGUCAAACUGGCUCUUGAUUUUGUGCAAAAUGCUCCCAUAAAACCAUGAAAAAUAAAAGCCUAAAACAGCCCUUUCUCUUAAAAAAAAAAAUCACUUAAUCAAACCUCUGUCCGUUUUAUAGAUGAGAAAACUGAGGCCUAGAUUGGUUCAAAGACUCACUUAUGUUCACCCAUUUUGUAGAUGGUGGAACUGGACUAAUGGAAUGGCUGCAGUCCAUUAUUGGCCUCUCCUUUCACUUAGUCAUUGCCCAAACAGGAGAUGCAAUAAAUAGAUUUCAGACAGAUAAGCUCUUUAGAACCCUGUGAUAUCAUGUAUUUGUGCUUGUCUGUCUCCCCCUACUGGAAUAUAAGCUCCAUGGGACAGGGACUUCCCUGUGUUCAUAAUGUAUCCCCAGAGGCUGGAAGAGUACCUAGCACAUAGGAGAUGCUCCAUAAAUGUUUGUUGGAUGAAUAACUGAGGUGGAGAGAGCUUAUGAAAUGAAAAAGGUACAAAAUUGUCUGACACCUUACUGCUGGUUUCUGUGGCAAGUUUCUUUUCUACUGCAGAUUCUCAAAAACAAGAUGCUCAGUGGCGAAAGUGAGAGGCUACAGGAUUUACUUGGACGGAUUUUGUGGAAAAUUCUGUGCAAUAAUUGCCUGUUUUGCAAUAGCUGUUUACAUAGGGCAGCUUCUGCAAAAAUCACAUGGGAUGUGGACAGGAAAUAAUACUGUAUGACCUAAUACCUCUAAUUCUCUGACAUCAUUACUACCUAAUAGAAGUUCAAAUAAUUUACCUUUAAUAUUGCGAUGUCUGAUACAAACUUUAAAAUGCAAGUGAUUCAAAGCUUUGAAAAACUGCUAUGUAUGAAUCUGUUCAACCUUUCAAAUUGACUAUAAUCUUCUGAGAUAUAUAUAUAUAUAUAAAUGCUGUACCUGAGGAUCUAACAAGGAAAUGUGUUAGGGUUUCAUUAAUCUCUGAUAAUCUCUGCAAUAGUUUUUGUUUUCAAGAAGGAAAAGUUCUAUGAUUAUAAGAAAUGAAGGGUAAAGAGUGGUUAUGGCCUAUUAAAGCUCUUCGACUGGCCAAGUGUAGCUGUGGGAGGACACUCCCUCAACGUAGCAGGUCUGGUACAGGCAUUUGCUCUGUACCAUGCGUCUGCUCGGUGACUCACAGAGAGGCUUGGAGAACUGGUCAUUAGAUAGUUGGGUGGCAUAUUAUAAAACAAAUUAUUGGUUUUAUUUUAAUAGCACCUUCCCAAGGAAAUUUUAUCUGCCAGUAGUCAAAAAGAUGAGCCAUUAGUCUCUUACAUAUAACUUGGGAAAUUGUACUAUGUCAUGAAUUAGUAGCCUUCCAGAUGAAAAAGUAGAGAAGUCUUUUUUAGUUGUAAGAGUACGGACAGAACAGAUUUUAUAUCAUGAAGAACCUUCAGUUCUUUCUGAAUCUUCUCAUUCCUGAUUCCUUCAACCUCUGUCCCCAACCAGAGCACCUCCUUAUUAUGUAAAACAUUUCAGAGGACGAGAAAAAGCUUUCUAGUAAACACAAAAUUAGACUUCUACAGUAAGUCUUCGGUUUAACUCACACUUUUAAGUGACUGAGCUAAUUUAUUAUUUUUUAACAGAGCUAAUCGUUCUUUGUAACAUCCCUGAUCUGAUGGGGCACUUGAGUGUCUUCAAUCACCUGUCACCACCCGCUUGUGACAUGGCUCUUCAUGGCUUCUCAUCCUCUCUACUUACUCUUGUAUAAAACGAGCAGAUGCUAAGGGAUUUUAAGUAUGCUUAGGAAUACAUUUUAAUUUCCUCGUUAGAUCCUCUCCUGGCAGUUGGGAAGUUUUAAAGUGGGUUUUGCCAGGUAUAAACCUUGUGAAAUUCUUGAAUCUAGAAAUUCACUGGAAAAGAAAUUCUAUUCACUUAUCAAAAAGUUGCAGGUGAAUAACCAAUGGAUUUUCAUUAUUUUUAGGGGGGCAGUUACCAUAAUGUGAUCCCUAAUGGCAUUCAAUUCACAUGUGAGAUAUUAUUGGCUUUGACUAGAGUUUGGAAGAAUUCAUAAAAGGAAUCAAAAACGUUAUGGCAUAGUUUCUUAUAGGUUAAUUUUCCUUAAUACCAUCUUUAAUUUUUAACUUAAAAAUAGAAAGUAAUCAAACAUAAGUGAAAACUUGUCACAGUAAUCAUUUUAAACUUUUAAGUUUUAAAGUCAGAGACUAGGAUGGCAAUCCAACGAAAAUGUGGAUUGGAUUACUUUCUCCUAUUCCCAAACAGUUAUAAUUGUUCACUUUAUUCUAGAUAAAUGUACUUACAUGAAUGUCAUCCUGCUUGUGCUUAAAGUUAGAAAAUAAAACAUCACAUCCUCCUAAUGUAUAUUCCACUUGGAUUCUUCACAUAAAAUGGUCUGGGCAAAAGGUACUGAUAUCCUCCUAACCCACUCUAAAAAUUCAUACUAAAGUAUUGCAGCUGGAGCACACAUCUCUCUGACACAAAAGACAAAGACUUGGUGAUGAACAUCCAUUCAGAAUCCUCAUAUUCUGGAGAGAACUCGGGCUCCUAGCCUCACUUUUACAGCAGGGUUUGGUAAACUAAGGCUGGGCAUUCUGUUUUUGUAAAUAAAGUUUUAUUGGAACACUG